AUGUGUAUCGUCCUCCUUACCACCGCCCACCCCGACUACGCUCUCAUUGUCAUCGACAAUCGAGACGAGUUCAUCCUACGCCCGACAUCUCGCCCGCACUGGUGGUCACACCCGUCCGGCGCCUCCGUCCUCUCCGCCCGCGACCUCCAAAGAGCGGAGAAGGGGACAUGGCUCGGCAUUACCAAGACAGGACAACUAGCCGUGCUCACCAACUACCGCGAAACCAACACGCAGGAUGUGACCCAUCCAAUCCACGCGGCUCGCAGCCGCGGCGGCAUGGUCACGACCUGGCUAGGAUCCGACCCCACCGAGCCCGCAUCGGAAUCGGUGAACCACCUCGUCAAGGAUGGGGGCGUCAAGGGCGUCGGCGGCUUCUCCAUGGUAGCCGGUAAGUUGAAGAGAAAGCGCGGCGAUGGCGACGACGAGAAGCCCCAACGCGCGCUCGAAGGCAUUGCCAUUAUUUCGAACCGCUGUGACGACCUUGAAGACGUGCCGUGGAUCGCCGAGAAGCGUGGCGAGGUAUAUGGCCUCAGCAACACUGGCUACGACGACCCCAAACCGUGGCCCAAGGUCGAAAACGGAAAGCGCCUCGUCAAGGAGACCAUCCAGAAGGCCGUAGCCGAGGGCCUGGGCGAAAACGCACUCGCCGAGCGCCUUUUCGAGGUGCUCGACACCGACUCGUUGCCCAAGCACCCCGACAUGAGCCUGGCGGACUACAUCAAGGAGCUGAAGCAGUCCAUCUUUGUUCCCGCGCUGGGUGAUGAUGCCCAUCGCAAGGCCAUGGAGGAGGCCGUUUCAAGGGGGCCGGGCCAUUGGGCAACCGACGACCAGAAGGCCGCCGAGGGUCUACAGUUGGGCGAACGACCGGAUCCGCCGGCGCAGGCCAGUAUGGGCUUCGAGGUGGGCUUGUACGGCACGCAGCGUCAGACCGUCAUCAUGGUCGAUUGGGACGGGAAUGUUACGUAUCGCGAACGAGCGCUGUGGGACGGCAACGGAAACCCGAUCGAGAGGGGCCAGGGCGAUGAGGUGUUUAAGUUCAAGAUCGAGGGAUGGGAGAGCUGA